UGCGGAGCUGGCGGCCUCGGGCGCUGUGAUUGGACGGGAGGCGCCGUUUGAAAGGCGCCGGGCCGAGGAGCGUUGCGAGCAGCCGGUGGCGGUGGCGGCGCUCGGUGUCCGCAAUGGCGUCCUCCGGCAAGUGGGAGAUCGUCAAUAAGAAGAACAAGAAAGCCACCUUCACCAGGAAUGAGAAGAAGCUGGCCCGGAAAGCUCUGUCGGAGAACAUGCCUCGGAUAGACCCAGUCCUUCCUUUGAAACCUUCUGAAACCCUGUUUGAACUUGGAUUUGAGAAAAUGGGAAAGAAACAGAAUAAGGAGCAAGUUCCUCCGAUAUCAACUGAGCAACCACAGCAGAAACCAGCCUCUGGGGGAAAGGUGAUCAAGAAAUCCUGUGGUGAUAGUGGACCGAAGCACAAGAUAUUUCCUUCUUUGGAGGCUGCCAUUAAAGCUCUUGAUUUGAAGGAACUUCAGGAGCAAAUGGACAAAAGCCAGGACUUGUUUCCUGGGAACCCAUCUGUUUGGGUGAAGGAUUUGGCUGGUUACUUGAAUUAUAAACUGCAGGCACCGGAAUCUGACCCCACCCUCAGUCAGUAUUCUUACGAUUAUCCAUAUUGCCUUGCAAGUAAGGAGCUGAGGAACAUUAUCAAAUCACUCCUGGGGAAAGCAUCCGAUAGCCUGGAGCACUUUUUUGAUCACUGUAUAUACACAAUGUUGCGUGAACAAGAUAAGGCUGUGGGUGAAUCACUGCAUGGCUACAGAAUUUGUAUUCAGGCUAUUUUGGCAGACAAACCUAAAAUUGCAACAAUGAAUUUAGGAAAGUACCUGGAAAUGUUGAGAUCCCAGUAUAAUAAACCAACUAAAUGCCUUACCAUCAUGUGGGCCCUUGGGCAAGCUGGGACAGAUUUGGCUGAAGGAUUGAAAGUAUGGCUUAACAUUAUGCUUCCUGUAUUGGGCAUCAAAACACUAUCUGCCUUUGCAAUCAGCUACUUGGACAGACUACUAAUGAUGCAUUCUAACUUGUCCAAAGGAUUUGGGACAAUCGGACCAAAAGAUUUUUUCCCAUUGCUGGACUUUGCAUACAUGCCUAACAACUCACUUUCAACCAAUUUGCAGGAUCAGUUGCGUCAACUUUAUCCAAAGCUUAAAGUGUUGGCACUCGGUGCCAAACCUGAAUCUGCACUACACACCUACUUUCCCUCUUUCUUAUCCAGAGCAACGCCCAACUGUCCUCCAGACAUGAAGAAAGAGCUCUUAAGAUGUAUGGUUGAAUGUUUGACCACUGAUUCUAACAGCUUCAGUGUUUGGAGACAGCUUUACACCAAACAUCUUUCACAGUCUAGUCUUCUGUUAAAUCAUCUUUUGGAAACCUGGACCAACAUUCCAGUCAAGGUGCAGAAAUCUCUGCAGGAAACAGUGCGAUCAUUUAAAGUUACUAAUGAAGAACUGUCUGGAAAGGGUGUCUUGAAUUCACAAGAUAUAAGUGCCUGCAAUACUGCAUGCAAUAAUCUCCUGCAGAAGCUGAGAGUUGGUGGCUUUCCCUGGUUUCGUCUGUUACUUGUCCUUAUGGUUUUUACUGCAGGGUUUGUGCUACAUGAUAUUAGAGUACAUGGAUCCUUCAAUGCCUCGUCUUCCGCUCAUAUCCUACAACAGUCGGGGGUGAUGUCUGUAUCUCAGCAGGCUUGGAAUAAAGUGUCUUACUAUUCCAAACAAGGAUAUAGCUGGGUAGAAACAAAUACUCCUCAUUAUUAUUCAGAAGCUGUAACUCUGUUUGGACCAAGUCUUGAACUGGGUUGGACAAAGCUAUCUGCAUCAGUUGUGUAUGUAAAGGAGAAGUUGUCAAGUCAUAUUUCAUGGAUCAUUGAAAAUCUGCCCAAGUUUACUGAAUGGCUUCACUCUAAUCUCCCAGAUGCAGUGUUCCACUUUGUAGAAUAUGUCAAGGAACUGCUUCUCUUUAUCCAUCAGAAUUACUUAUUACCAGCUGUGGAAUAUACGAAAACAGUGAUAAUGCACUGGUGGAAACUAUUUGUUAAUUCUUGCGAGGGUGAAAUCAAUUGGGACUGCAUGAGGAAACAUUUUGUGAAUGCCACACAUGUAACGUGGAGUUAUCUGCAGAAUACUACUACAGCUGUCAAAAACUGGGCUGCCUCAAUGAUCUCCAGUCAUUAAGCAGGAAGCAUGUUUGUGUUAUUUUGGGAGUAGCAGUUACACAGUUUGAGCAUUUUUGAGGAGAUCGGUUGCAUUUUCUGCUGUGGAGAGCAUAGAGAUUCAGUUGAACUGAAAGUAAAAAAAAAAAAUUCCACUUUCAUUUAUAAAAAUUUAUAUCAAAUGCAUGUAUUUUGUACCCAGUUUUUCCAGAACUGUCUGUCUUCUAUACUGUAUUUACAAUUUCUUUGCUUUACAAUUUUGGAUGAAAAAAUUGUCAAUACCUAUUAAUAUUUAACGUGCUAUAAAUAGCUGUUCAUGCAUUGCAAAAAUUUGAUUUUUGAUUCCAAGUAGUAUAUUGAAUACAGUAUUUUAAUGAACAUCCAAUGUUAUACAAGCCAAUUGUACACGAUUUAAUCGGCACCUUGUGUACUAAAGUAAUUGCAAUGUUAACAGCUGAUGGCUAAUUUAUCAAUCUUGGUGGUUUGUGUCCAGUUACCACAGUAAGUAAGAGGUUGAAGACAUUUAAUGUUGCAUGCAGUCUAUCAAGAGGUUUCAUGUGAAAUAUUGUUUGUAACAAGUAUGAGUAUCCAAGUCCAACAGUACUCGUAUAUCAUCUGAGCUAGACCCCUGAAGUGGGUUGAAAAAUCUAUAAGUUCUAUUUUCACCUUUUUCAUUAACAUUUUAAAUUCUGACACAUGGCCUUGAAACAACAUUUUUGUAUUACUGCCUCGUAUGCUGUUAAUUAUAGCACAUCUGCUUAAUGCCAGAAUGUUGUCAUGCUACCAAAUAGCAUGAAAUUUGUUCUGUAGGUGGCACUAUGGCAGGACAACAAGGGUCUGCUUAACCAUCUUCAUUUCAAAGAUGUGACCUGGUUAUAGUGAACAUCAUCAGUUACAGGCAAAUUAUGAAGGCAUUUUGUUUCUAUCUUAUUGCUGUUUGCUGUAAUUGUAACAGUUUACAAUCUAUCAAUCUGGUGAAGAUGUGAUGUAAUUCCAAGAUAACUGUUUUGGCUGUGUCUAACUGAAAAAUUUAAAUGACAAAGUGAAAUAUUGUCAAUUGUCUAAUGCACGUUGCUGUUUGUGUCCUCCUUGAGCCUGUCCCUAUAGGGUCCAUGAUUGUGUAAUUCAACUUCCUGAUUUGAAACUAUUUACUUUUUUGAAAAAAGUCCCUAUAAAUGAGUUCAUGUUUGGCCAAUGCUUUGUGUAAAUGCUUCAUUUCAGGAGGCAAAUGGAAAACUGAUUCAUGCUUCAUUUACAAAUGUCAUAUGUCCUUAUUUUCCCCCUUAUACCACCUAUAAAUUGCAGCUACAACAAAUGCUCUCUGAAAUAGUGAAGAUUGAAUUAAAUGCUUAGGUCAGGAACACUGCCUAUGUUUAGUUAAAUAGCAUCAGAGCCUCAGUGAGUCUUUUAAAUGAAAAGAGUAAAUAUUUGCACUCAGAAAUAUUGUUCCAAAUAAAUUUGAAAGUAUUUCAAGACGUCAUCUGAUUUUUUUUUCCUGUCAAUAUCUUUUUUCCUUGUGCACUAGAUCCAAAUUUGCUUGUAAAUACUGUAAAACAUGUGUUUUGACUAUCCCAUCAUCUGGCUCCAUUUAUAGAUGACAUUUUUGUUUUGCUGUUGAGAUGGAACACUGUUGCCUUGUUCAUACACUAAUUUAUUAAAGGGUAAUUUUAACUGGGGUAAAUUCUACAAUGUACAUAUGAACCAGAAUGCUGGUUAGGGUUGGUGAAACUUUAGCAAGCUGGACAAAUGUUAUUUCUAUUGCAGGACAAAUGUGUUGUCUUUAAAUGUAAAUUGCAAUCAUGAAUUAAUUUCUGGUGGAAAAUAAAUGGUAUUGAACUAGUC